AUGACCGAAGAAACUCGAUUCCACUGGAAACAGUCCAAUGCAGGCUACUGGCAUCGAGAUAUCGACGAGUGUGAACAGUUCUAUCAGCUUUACGCCAAAAAAGAACACGGUUGUUAUCCCGUCACGGCAUGCGCUUCAUUCCAAGUCAAAGAUGCGAGCGCGAAUUUAGAUGCCAAUGUCGAAAGUGCUUUACGAAAUGCUUGGAUUUUUUUACGGCAUAAACAUCCGACCUUGGGCUCUCACAUUGAAUGCAGCGAUCAACCCCACACAUGGAAACGUUUGUACAAGCCUUUUGACACUGAUGAGGAUGUCAAGUCCUGGCUCGACUCGACAUUUAAGAUCAUCAACACCAAUAAAAGUGCACUUUCAUGGUUCAACGACGAGGCACCCUCUUUCAACCUGCCAACGGUCUACAUGGCCAAGUCUGGACUAGACGCACAUCAAACAGUGGUCCUUCGAUGCCCUCACGAUAUCACUGAUGGAGUUGGUGUUCUUCAACUACUCGGCCAACUCUUCAAACACGCCUCUUCAUUUUAUAAACAGGCCAACGGGUUCAGAUACCCACUACCUGAUAUUGACCUCCGGAAACGACUUUCCCCUUCCUUACGAGUUGCUGCGUCCAUCCCCGACUUAUUGUCCGAAGAUCAAACGAAGCGAUUCCAAGAACUCCAAACUACCAAUGGCAGCGUUUACAAUCACCCAUGCUGGUUGAAUCUGCCGCCAAGCGCUUCCAACGAUAGUGCGUCUGUCAUGAAACGCAUAGCUAUUUCAUCUUCUCAGUCACUAUCAAGCGAGAUCUUGGCCGGUUGUAAGAACAUCGCUCCGGGGGUCAGCCUGACACAUGUCUUUACUGCUUCUUUAACCAUGGCCCUCCGUGAGCUUCAGCCUCGACAAGAGCAGGCUUAUACUACUCGCUACAUUGGCAGAUCCAUGAUCAACAUUCAUCCUUACUGUCUUCAACCGUUCAACAGUCCUGAUCAUGCCGCGGCUGCGUAUCAUGCUGUAUCAGCACAAGCUCUUGGUAUCGAUGUCAAGAUACCAAGCUCAGCUGAUGAUGGGACCAAAGUCGAUACUUUAUCAGAGCUAGCUAUCAAAGUCCGAGACUUCUACCAACAGAUCAAACCAAAUUUGUCGAAUGAUACAUACGAACAAGCUCUAUUCGCCCCUCAGGUAUUCCAGACUCUUUUUCCACCACCUGGUGUAGAUCCAUGGGCUGUUCAGAAGACACCUUUCUGUCCUGUUUCUCUGUCCUCCAUCGGCAAUCUCUCUACCAUAGUAGGUAGCUCUGACAGUAUCUUUGAACUCUCCAAAGUAUGGGCUGCUAGUCAGCCUAUCAAUGCUGGGGUGGUAGUAUUUCUCGGCUCAUGGGAUGGUCAGAUUGAGCUAUCCAGUGUUUUCAACACACAAUACCACAACGAGGAGUAUAUGGAAAGAUUCAUUACGAAGAUUCUCACUCACGUAUUCGAAGGUCUUGGGAUUGAUGGAGGUAAUCGUGUGAUGACAGUGGUUAAAUAG